AUGGAUCCAUCACGCAUCGGUCAUAUCUGGCCGGGCAUCGGAGGUAACGUUUACGCGGCCGAGCUGAGAGGGAUUCUCUCAGCACUCCAGAUCGCAUAUAAGAAAGCCCACAAGGCCGUCAUAGUCUUCACAGACAACCAGGCAGCAAUCAGAUCUGUGGCCAACCCAGACAGUCAAUUCGGCCAAUAUAUCCUCCUUCAGAUACUGUGGAUGAUAGAAAACAUGAGACGCAAAGGGAUAGAGCCAGAGUUACACUGGGUCCCGGCUCACACAGGCAUAGAGGGCAACGAAAGAGCGGACAAGGCAGCGAAGGAAGCCACAGGCUGGCGAAGGAUCAGGGGCCGGGAGCGGUCAAGGGAAGUUGACACCGACCAAACUGCUUACAGACCGCCAAGUUAUUCGCUCGUGGCGACAAUAAGAGCAGUCCAGAACUCGCUCCUGCUUGUCGAAUGGAAGGAGGCUUGGACAAAUGAAAAGACAGGACGAGAGCUCUACGGGAUAUGCCCAGAAGCUACCUCAAAAGUCCUUUUGCUACACAAAUAG